AUGUCUUUGUUUCAGGUCUUGUGCAUGAGAUUGAGAUGUCUUAGUUUGCAAUGUAGCAGGCUUCCAUCGGGAAGCAUGCUGCUCUCAGGGUACAGAUCAAGAUUAAAGACAAAGAAUAUAUCAUCAUCUGGGUCUUGUCAACAAUCUGCUUCCAUGGAUGUUUCUCAAACUUUUCGAGGAAGAAAUGAUAUAGCAUGGGGACAUGUUAAUGAGGGCGUGGAUGAAAAUGGGAAGAAGAUAUUAACAUGUCUUUACUGUGGCAAGAUAAUCAGAGGUGGAGAAAUUUAUCGAGUGAAAUUGCAUCUAGCGGGUGUAAAGGAAGAAGUUGGAAAGUGCCCUAAAGUUCCUUUCGAUGUUAAAUUCAAGAUUGAAGAAGCACUAAAUGAAAUUAAGGCCAAGAAUAAACAAAAAGUUGAACUUCACAAGGAUGUCAAUCCUUAUGGAGCUAGUGUACAACAAUUUGAGGGUGAUAUGUUAGAUGAAGAUCAAGAGUGUGAAGAGGUUUCUCCAUGUCCAGCUCCAGCUCCAACUUCAACUUCAAGCACUAAGAGAAAAAGAUUUAUUGGGAUAGGUGACUAUUUUGCUCCGAGGACUAAGUCUCGGUCUCAGCUCUCAAUUAAAAGUAUUUUAGCCAGAAAAGAAGCUAAAUGGAGGGUGGACAUGGCUGUUGCAAGGUUAUUUUAUGAUUCUUGCAUCCCAACUAAUGUUAUUAAUUCAAUUUAUUUUCAACCUAUGGCGGAUGCUAUAGCUGCAAUUGGUCCUGGGCAUAAAAUCCUAACUUAUCAUAAUUUGCGUGUAAAUUUAUUAAGAGAUGCUAGGAAAGAAGUGCAAUUACUUGUUGAUGGUUACAAGAAAACUUGGGAGGAUAUUGGAUGUACUUUAAUGGCUGAUGGUUGGACAGAUAAUUCACAUAGGUCGCUGAUUAAUUUUCUAGUGUACUGUCCUAAAGGAGUGUGUUUUGUGAAAUCAGUGAAUGCUUCAGAUGUUGUAAAGGAUGAUGCAACAUUGUUUAGCUUGUUUGAGGAAAUAGCUUUAUGGGUUAGACCAAACAAUGUUGUCCAUCUUGUCACUGACAAUGGAGCAAAUUAUAAAGCUGCUGGAAGAAUGUUGUCUGAAAAAUAUAGCAAUAUUACUUGGUCUCCUUGUGCAGCACAUUGCAUUAAUUUGAUGUUGAAAGACAUAGCUGAGACGAUUCAUAUAAUCAACCUUUCGACACGUGCAUCUGAGAUUAGAAAGUUUGUGUAUAAUUAUUCCUUUGUGCUAGCUUUGCUGAGGAAAAAACAGAUUGUAGACUCAGAUGAGAGGCCUUCAAUAGGAUAUGUGUAUGAUGGCAUGUACAGAACAAGGAUGGGGAUCAAGAAGCUGUUUAAGAAUAAGAAAAAUUUGAGUUGUUAUAAGAAAAUUACAUAUGAUCCUAUUGAUUAUGAGAGUAUUGAUAAAACUGAAUGGUGGAUAAUUGAUGAGGAAGAGGAGGUUGGUGAGCUUAAUUAUGAUGAAUUGGAACAAUCAUUAUAUGGAGAAUGA